UAGUUGUGUUACAAGGUCCUCAGCUGCCCCUCAACUUGUCCUAGACAUGCAAUAAUUUGGAAACUAUUAUUUGGAUGAAGAUCACACUCUUUGCACUGCCUAGUUAUUCAUUUUUCCAAGGAACGUGACUGAAGAAGGUUUUGAAAUUCCAUAGCUGGCUGGAGAAAUUGAAGGGAAAACUGGACGCUGCUUUGUUACUGAGAGGAGUACUCUGGGCAGCUACUUUGAUUGCAGAGGAGCAUGGGAUUCAUCAGCAACUGGAAAUGAAGGCUUUUUAAAGCAAAAUUUAAAAGCUCCCUCCUUACCUUUCAAUUUGGCAAGCAUUUGUCAAGUGAUACUACAACUAUGUGGCCACCAUUAUCUUAGAAUGUGAAGAAUAUACUAUAGGGCACCAGUGAAGAAACUAAAAAACGAAAAAAAAAAGAAAAUAAUUUAAGAUAGACUAUUCAAGUGCUAAUAAGGGACAUGAAGAAGAAAUCUGUGGGGAGCAGUGUCUUUGGGAAAACCCUAUGGAGAGAGAAGGUUGAUUGACAAAUGAAGGCAUUCCAGAUAGUGAAGAGACCUUGAACCAUGGCUUUGGAGCAGGUAACAUCUAAAGGAACUGGUUUAAAUCCUAAUGCCAAAGUAUGGCAAGAAAUUCCUCCUGGAAAUACUGAAGCCACUCAAGUAACUCAUGGAACUGAAAGCUCUUGGCAUGAAACAGCAGCCACAUCAGGGUCUCAUCCUGAGGGUAAUACAGAGCUUUCAGAUGAUAUGUGUAAGGAAUAUGAAGUAAUGUAUUCAUCUUGUGAAACCACCAGAAAUACUAUAGGCAUUGAAGAAUCAACCGAUGGAAUGAUUUUAGGGCCAGAAGAUCUGAGUUACCACAUAUAUGAUGUUUCUGGGGAAAGCAAUUCAGCAAUUUCUACAGAAGACCUAAAAGAAUGUCUGAAGAAACAAUUGGAAUUCUGUUUCUCCAGAGAAAAUUUGUCAAAGGAUCUUUACCUGAUAUCUCAAAUGGACAGUGAUCAGUUCAUCCCAAUUUGGACAGUUGCCAACAUGGAAGAAAUAAAAAAGCUGACCACAGACCCUGAUCUAAUUCUUGAAGUGUUGAGAUCGUCUCCUAUGGUACAAGUUGAUGAGAAGGGUGAGAAAGUGAGACCAAGUCAUAAGCGUUGUAUUGUGAUUCUUAGAGAGAUUCCUGAAACGACACCUAUAGAGGAAGUUAAAGCUUUGUUCAAGAAUGAAAACUGCCCCAAGGUGAUAAGCUGUGAGUUUGCACACAAUAGCAACUGGUAUAUCACUUUCCAGUCAGACACAGAUGCACAACAGGCUUUUAAAUACUUAAGAGAAGAAGUUAAAACAUUUCAGGGCAAGCCAAUCAUGGCAAGGAUAAAAGCCAUCAAUACAUUUUUUGCUAAGAAUGGUUAUCGAUUAAUGGAUUCUAGUAUGUAUAGUCAGCCCAUUCAAACUCAAGCACAGUAUGCCUCACCAGUUUUUAUGCAGCCUGUAUAUAAUCCUCACCAACAGUACUCGGUUUAUAGUAUUGUGCCUCAGUCUUGGUCACCAAAUCCUGCACCUUACUUUGAAACACCACUGGCUCCCUUUCCCAAUGGUAGUUUUGUGAAUGGCUUUAAUGCACCAGGAUCUUAUAAAACAAAUGCUGCUGCUGUGAAUAUGCCUCGACCAUUCCAAAAAAAUCGUGUGAAGCCUCAUUUUAGGUCAUCGAGUGGUUCAGAACACUCGACAGAGGGCUCUGUGUCAUUGGGGGAUGGACCAUUAAACAGAUCUGGUUCAAGGAACUUUCCAACUGAACGGCAUAAUCCUACAGUAACGGGGCAUCAGGAGCAAAGCUACCUUCCAAAAGAAACUCCUGCUGUACAGAUGGAACAGAAUGGGGACUAUGGUAGGGGCAGGAGAACUCUUUUCAGAGGUCGAAGACGACGAGAAGAUGAGAGAGUCCAGAGACCUCAGUCUUCAUCAGCUGAAGCAAAGGCUCCAACACCAAAGUUUGACUUACUAGCCUCAAAUUUUCCUCCUUUACCCGGAAGUUCAUCAAGAACUCCAGGUGAACUUGUUUUGGAGAGUAGGAUGUCUGAUGUUGUUAAAGGUGUCUACAAAGAAAAGGAUAAUGAGGAGUUAAGAGUUAGCUGCCCAGUGCCUGCAGAGGAUGAACAGACAGACUGCACCUCUGCCCAGCAACUCAGUAUGAGUACCAGUCCUCCAUGUACAGCUGAACUUCCUGCAUUAAGCACAACUCAGCAAGAAAAGGAUCUAGUAGAGGAUUCCUCUGUUCAGAAGGAUGUUCUCAACCAAACAGCUAUACCAGUUUCUUCCCCAAGUAGUGCAAAGCCAUCAAGGACAAAUAGUGCUUCACCAUGUAAUAAUAACAUAAAUACAGCUGUAGCUGUGGCCCUACAGGAACCCCGAAAGCUAAGUUAUGCUGAAGUGUGCCAGAAGCCCCCUAAAGAGCCAGCUCCGGUUCUUGUGCAGCCACUACGAGAACUUCGCUCCAAUGUAGUGUCUCCCACCAAAAAUGAAGAGAAUGGAGCUCCUGAGAAGUCCAUUGAGAAAUCGCAUGAGAAGCCAGAAGCAAGGGCUAGUAAGGAGUAUUCUAGCUUCCGAGGCAAUACCAUUCCCAGGGGAGCAGCUGGAAAAAUCAGGGAACAGAGACGCCAGUUUGGCCAUAGGGCUAUACCUCAGGGAGUGACUCGACGUAAUGGCAAAGAGCAAUAUGUGCCACCCAGAUCACCAAAGUAAAACAAACUAUUCAAAAACUUCUCUCUCUUCCCAUUAAACUUGAGCCGUGGCUAUAUUGAACUGUUCUGGAGGGGAGGGGGUAGCCAGGAAGGAAACAGGAGAAAAGUGUAUGUCCUUAAAUCAUUAUGGAUUUUGGAGUUGUGAGCAGUAGAAUCCCAAAAUUCAUCUCUAAAGUGAUUUUAAAAUGCUGGAGGAUUCCAAUCAGUAUAAAUAUAUAUAUAUAUAUAUGUAUACAUAUAUAAAAAUAUAAUUUUUCUAUUUUUGUUUUUGAUUUUAAUUUGCAGAGAUCUUCUGCCUAGAAUCAAUUUUGAGGGUUCAGAUUUAGCUUGAGAAAAAAACAUAUUACACAUCCUUCAGUACAGGAGAUGAGGGAGUGAGAGAAAAUAUUUUUUGAAGAAGCAUUUCUGUAAAAUUAGAAAUUACUUUUUUUAAUCUAUUUAAAGUUUGGCUUGGAGAAUGCCAUUUCUGCCUAUAUGGCCUUGUGUUGCAAAGCAGAUCAGUGGCUGGGGUGCCUGUUGUGUGAGUGUGUGCAAGAGUGAUUGAAGCCAAAUCUGUUGUCAUGUUAGAAAAUGAUUUGAAAACUGAAUGUAAUACUUGAGUAGAUUUUUUUUUUCCAUUUUGAAAUUGUCUGUCUUUUUGACCUUAAUAUUUCAUUCAACAAACUGUUAAGCUCUGAUUGUACUUAGAGAUGUGACUAUCAAUCAGUUUGCUACUCAAGGAAAGAAAGGGGGUUAUUCAAAAAAUCAAAAAUUUGUCUUAGAUCUGAGUGGAUAGGUCAAAUGGACUUCAGAGGUU